UGCAACAGCCCCUUGUCCAGCACAGCACUGCUCCCAGCUCCCAGGAUGGAAGCUUGUCACUCUCAAGAACAGUUCAAUAUCACUUCAUAUGAUGCCACAGCUGUGGCUAUAGUGACCCUUGAGGCGUUUGCUGGCAUGUGGAUAAAUGCUUUCAUUGUUUCUGUGAUUUGCAUGGCUUGGGUCAAGAAGAAAACCUUGAACUCUAAUGAGAAGAUCUUGCUGUUACUGGGAUGCUCCCGGUUUUGGUAUUUGUGCAUCUCAUGGGUAUAUUUCUUUCUUUCAAUAAUUUAUCCCCAUUUCCUGUAUGUUCAACCCACACUUCAACUAGUUGCAUCUAUUCAGAGCUUUUUAAGUUAUUCCAGUCUGUGGUUUUCAGCCUGUCUUUGUGUUUUUUAUUGCAUAAAAAUUGCCAAUUUCAGGAACAGCUUCUUCAUCUACCUGAAAGUAAAAAUUGACAGGAUUGUGCCCUGGCUCUUGUUGGGGUCAGUGCUUUUCUCCCUGGUUAUUGGCAUCAUUGUCUAUGAUAUCGCUAAUAAACCGCACUGUAACAACCGCAAUUCCACUGGACGAGGUAAUUUUUGGAAAGCAAGUAUCAAAAUGGAUAAACAUUUUUUCCCUUCUUUUUUUAUUGCUGGCUUUGGAUAUGCUGUUUCAUUCAUGGCAGUCACCUUUUCUGCCCUUCUCCUUCUCUUUUCCCUCUGGAAACACAAACACAACAUGCAGACAAACUCCAUGAAGGACCUCAGCAUGGAUGCCCACAUCAAAGCUAUGAAAUCCAUUCUCUCCUUUUUUGUAAUGUACAGCAUCAACUUUGCAUCUUUGAUCUUGACACUGGUUUAUGCCACGAGGAAGGGAAGUCCUGUGACGUUUCUCAUUUUAGUAUUUCAAUACGCUUUUCCGGGUGCUCAUUCACUUAUUCUCAUUUUUGGCAAUCCCAAACUGGAAAAGACAUUGCUAAGGAUUCUGCUCUCUGUGACGUUCAAGGCUUGCAUGAGGUAG